GGGGACACUUCCCGCCCAUUAGGAUUUGGGCCCAGGCAAGAUAACCUGUGGUGCUGCGGUACCAGGACUUAUCUUUGCCGGAAUCUUUUUAAUUGAAUUGUAUUUUUCCUGUAAAUAUUGGCGUAUUUUUCAAAAAAUCCUCUGAAAUGUCGAAGAACACUUUGUACAACUAUUUCACAAAAUCCCCUGGGCCUGCCAAAUUCGAGAAUUCCGGGCAACCCCGGACACCGCUGGCGAACCAGAAUGCCAAGACUCAUUCCAAGACACCUGCCAAGACUCCUGCCAAGACACCUUCCAAGACGAAAACUCCUUUAAAAGGCAAAACGCCAAAGUCCAGGGCCUCACCGGAUGAAAACUUGGAAAAAACACCCAAAACGUCAAGGAAAAGGAUCAUCAAUGAAGAGGAUUUGAUGGACCAGUCGACUGAUACUGAAGACAUUCUGGACAAUUUAGAAGACUCUGCAGAUGAAUUUGUGCCAGAAAAUGAACCAUCAGAUGAUUCGUCUGACGGUGAGGAUGCUGUGGUUUCAGAAGAGCCUACAACCGAAGAGGAAGAAAGCCCUGUCGCACAGGGUAAGAAGCGAAAAAGGGCAGUAAAUGACAGAAGGCCGAGUAAGAGGUUCGCUGCUAAACUGCCAAGCAGAAACUCUGUCAAGGUUGAUGCUGCAUCGGCCACAUCUACGAGUCAAAGUUCCCAAGAGAAUUCUGUUGGAGAUGUCUACAAUUGGAGUUAUUUGAAGUACGACUUUCUCAAACCGGAUAAAAUCAAAGAUGGGAAAGGCAGGAGGCCCAACGAUCCCAAUUACGACCCUCGUACACUCUACGUCCCAUCGGAUUUUCUUAAAUCCCUCACACCUGGGAUGCGGCAAUGGUGGGAGCUUAAAAGGAACCACUACGAUUGCAUAUUGUUCUUCAAAGUGGGAAAAUUUUAUGAAUUUUACCACAUGGAUGCUGUGACGGGCGUUAAGGAGCUUUCUUUAACUUUUAUGAAAGGUGAAUAUGCUCAUUGCGGCUUCCCGGAGAUAGCGUAUGGCCGCUUUGCUGCUAACCUUGUCGACAAGGGGUACAAAGUGGUACGUGUGGAGCAGACCGAGACGCCCGAAAUGAUGGCAGAACGGGUCAAGAAAAUACACGGUGCAACCAAGUUCGACAAAGUUGUGUGCCGUGAAGUCUGCCAGAUGACGACCAAAGGGACACGAGUUUUUUCGAUCAAUGACGGCGAAGCGAAGGAAGCCCAGUUUAGCUAUUUACUCGCAAUAGCUGAAAAAGAAAUCGAUAGCACAAAAUCUUCUUAUGGGAUAUGCUUUGUUGACACGUCAAUUGGAACGUUCCACAUCGGCCAGUUCAACGAUGAUAGGCAUUCAUCCAGGCUAAGGACACUUUUAGCUACUUAUCCUCCUGUACAGGUAUUAUUUGAAAGAAACAGACUUUCCAAACGGACCCACCAGAUCCUUAAUACAGUCGUCGCUAGUACUCUCAAGGAGGCACUAACCCCUGAGAGCGAAUUCUGGACAUCAUCCAAUUCGCUUUUAAAGCUUGCUGAGAAGAAGUAUUUCCAGGAUGGCGUCACCCCUGAACCUUUGAAAUCGUUCAUUGGCGAAGUUGAUUCUCUCGGUUUGACGGCUUCGCAAGAAAGUGAAAUGGCAGUGAGCUGUUUAGGAGCAAUUACUUGGUUUUUGACGAGAGCACUACUCGACCAUCAGCUCCUUUCUAUGGCGCAUUUUGAAAUCUACACGCCAAUCGAUGUAGCCAGCGUGUCGAUCUCUUCAGAAAAAACUUUACCUCGGAUAACUGCUCGAAACAUGAUUUUAGAUGCUGUUUCUUUAAAGAACUUAAACGUCAUAGAAAAUAACACGGGGCUCCAAGGGACUUUACUGCACCGUAUCGACCAUUGUUCCACUCCUUUUGGAAAAAGGUUGUUGAGACAGUGGCUCUGCAGCCCGCUUGCUAACACCAAGAGCAUCGAGGCGAGACAGCAGGCCGUCCGGCUGCUCAAGGAAAACAGCACCCUUUUGUCCACCGUUUCCGACGUUCUGUCCAAAGUACCUGAUUUGGAACGCAUGUUUUCACGGAUUUACGCUCAGAGUAGCAAAGGUCUGAGUGAAUCCCAUCCGGAAAACCGUGCUGUGAUGUUCGAAGAAAAGAUCUACUCUAAGAGGAAAAUAAUGGAAUUUAUUUCAAUACUCAAAGGAUUCCAAGCUUUACAGAAGGCUGCCGAAUUGGUUCAAGAUUGUGAUGAGAUGAACGAGUCUGAGAUAAUAGUCAACGUGACACACUUCCCCACCGGGAUCAAUAAUGGUGGCUUCCCCGAUUUGAGGAAGCACCUCAACUUUUUCAACGAAGCGUUUGACCACGAAGAGGCGGAGAAAGAAGGCAGGAUCAUCCCGAGUCGCGGAGUCGACGCAGAGUACGACUCGGCCAUAGAAACGCUGAACGAGAUCAAACAAGAACUCGACAGCUAUUUGAAAGAGCAGUGCAAGAAAUUUGGCAAGGUGUCUUAUGUCGGCAAAGACAAAAACCGUUUUCAGCUGGAAAUACCUGAUAGUGCGGCGAAAAAUAUUAGCUCCGAAUACGAAUUGUCUGGCCAAAGGAAGGGUUUUAAAAAAUACCAUACCCCCACUACAAAAGCCUUGCUUGAGAGACAAAUCGCAGCAGAGGAGGUGAAAAUUUCAGUUCUUCUAGACCUCAGGAAGAGACUUUUUGGAAAAUUUGUUGAAAGGUAUACAUGUUGGCAUAAUGCGAUUGAGUGCAUGGCAACUCUCGAUGCUCUCAUGUCUCUCGCUAAAUAUUGCUUAAGCAUUGAAGGAGAUUUAUGUGUCCCAGUUUUCAAAGAAGCUGGGAGCUUUCAGAAGCCUUAUGUGAAAAUAACAAACGGAAAGUACCCUUGUAUAACCUGCCAGGACAACUACAUACCCAAUGACACUGAAGUUGGUGGAAACGUUGCCAGUAUUAUGCUACUGACUGGUCCGAACAUGGGUGGAAAGUCGACUUUGAUGAGGCAAGCGGCUUUGCUGAUCAUUUUAGCACAGGUGGGCAGCUUUGUACCAGCGGAAGCGAUGGAGCUGACCAGCGUCGACAGAAUCUUCACAAGGAUUGGUGCCAACGAUGAUAUAAUGUCAGGCGACAGCACCUUUUAUCUUGAAAUGUGCGAGGCUUCUGCGAUACUUAACUACGCCACAGCGCAUUCUCUCGUCCUCGUUGAUGAACUAGGCCGUGGUACUUCGACUUACGACGGAACUGCGAUUGCCGAUGCGGUACUGCACGAACUAUGCAGGAUGGGCUGCCGCACCAUCUUUUCAACUCAUUAUCACACAUUGGUCGAUAGUUUCAGGAACUGUGAUGGAAUUAUGUUGGCUCACAUGUCAUGCAUGGCCGAAAGUGACGACGAUACCGAGGAAGGAAAAGAGGAGAUGGUCACCUUCUUGUACAAACUAUCAACUGGGGCAUGCCCCAAGUCGUUUGGCUUCAACGCUGCCCGCCUGGCCGGAGUGCCAUCGCACAUAAUCAAAGUCGGCAUCGGGAAGGCCAGGCUGCUCGAAGAGGAAGCACGCAACAGGAAGCUCUUCAGAGCGCUUUUCACAUCCGAACAACCCCGUCAAAUAAUUGCAAGCCUUUAGUACGAGUCUCAUCUUCACCUACAUUUGUACAUAAUAAGUCUAAAAAAAAAUGGAAAACUAUUUCGAAAGAUUCAGUAUUAAACAAUAAUGUUCCUACUUGCAUUUUUUUUUUUUACUACAACCCUAUACCAUUAGUACAACACAUUGUAACGUUAUGAGAAAAUAUAAUAAUGAAACCAU